AUGAAAAUCUACCGGGUUACGUCGUCCUCACCUCCUCUGGCGGUGGCCAGGACCAACCGAUUGCAACACGGCAAUGGCAUAGUGGGUUUCUCCCAGGUCAGUUUCAAGGAGUCCCGUUCCAUUCGACCGGCGAUCCCGUUCACUACGUCACCAACCCUGGCGGUGUCAAUAGCUGAACAGCAACGGGACGUUGUAGAUGCCGUGCAAACCUUGAACGGUAUGUUCAAUGAGACCGUGGAUGAUCCAGCAAUCGCGACGCGGGUUAGUCAGUACGAGAUGGCGUUCCGAAUGCAGACGAGUGUCCCAGAACUGACUGACAUCUCCAAAGAGCCGCAGCGUUUCUUGAUAUGUACGGCGCAACACCCGGCGACGGGUCCUACGCGUCAAACUGUCUCCUCGCACGAUCGGUUAGCCGAACCCGGUGUUCGGUUUAUCCAACUCUACCAUCGCGGUUGGGAUCAUCACGGCGGCAUUGAGAACGCCAUCAAAACGACUGCAGGCUAUGUUGAUAAGGCAACAGCUGCGCUCGUCAAUGAUUUGAAGCAGCGCGGUAUGUUAGAUGAUACCUUAGUGAUUUGGGGCGGCGAAUUUGGUCGAACACCGAUGGCACAAGGCACCGGACGCGACCACCACAUCAAGGGAUUCUCAAUGUGGAUGGCUGGCGGUGGAGUCAAAGGUGGUAUUAGUUACGGUAACACCGAUGAAUUGGGGUAUAAUGCCGUUGAAAAUAUCGUGCAUGUCCACGACUUUCACGCCACGAUGUUACACCUCUUCGGGAUUAACCACGAAAAACUGGUCUACCGUUUCCAAGGACGAGACUUCCGCCUCACCGAUGUCCACGGACAUGUCGUCCGAGAAAUUUUGGCUUAA